AUGGCCGCCAAUUCCAGUCCGUUCGCCGGCGCCCCCGCCGAGACCUCUAACGAGGACGAUCCCGCAUCCGCAUCAGAUACACAGUUUUACAAGUAUGACGACUCGAAUUCAUCCGCUCUUCCUGGUCAUCCUCACGAUGUCGCUUCCGGUCAUGGCCAUCUUUCAGAUUCGAAACCGAAGGAGCCUCUUCCCAUGCAGAAGCGGCGCCGGGUGACUCGCGCCUGCGAUGAAUGUCGUCGCAAGAAAAUUAAGUGCGAUGGGAAACAGCCGUGUACCCAUUGCACAGUCUAUAGCUAUGAAUGUACAUAUGAUCAACCCUCGAACCGGCGACGAAACCCUGCUCCGCAAUAUGUCGAGGCACUCGAGAAUCGUUUGCAUAAAGCCGAAGCCCUUCUCCGCGUGGUUCUGCCCGACCUGAACCUGGACGAUCCUCAGUUUGACGUACAUGCGACCGAGCAGAUGCUCGGCGCCAUCAAGAAGGAGAAACCGCAGCCGCCAAUGCCAACCGCAAGCGCCCCUAAAACGUCGACCGCUCCCGAGCCAACAACGGACGCAGCGGACGGUGGUGCCGGUGACGAGUCGCUGUUGGAGUCUAUGGUUGAGAAUUCAGGAUGCCUGGACUUGGAUGACCAGGGUCAUUGGGAUUAUCAUGGACAUACCUCCGGUAUCAUCUUCCUGCGACGAUUGCGCAAGCAACUUGGGGCUUCAGACAUGCCGGUCCCGUCGUUCCGAACACGGGCCCUCUCUCAGAUGUUGGAUAGUCCCAAGUCGACGUCCGAGUCUCCGUCGGAUUCCUCGCUACCCCCCACUCACGAUCUGCCCUCCCGGGAUGUUGCACAGCGUCUGUGCCACCACGCUUUAUACGAGGGCUGUUCUCUUAUGCGGUUCGUGCAUGAGCCCAGCUUCUUUGCCAUGCUAGAUCGAAUAUAUGAUACCCCUCCGGAGCAGUUUGGAAACGAAGAGAAUUCGUUCUUGCCGCUUCUGUACAUUGUCAUGUCUGUUGGUUGCUUGUUCUCAGAUGACGGGGCUGGUACCCUGGAUAUUGCAGGUUAUGAAGGCGCUAUUGGUCAAGGAUUUCAAUAUUUCAAGGCUGGCCGGCAACUCCUGGACAUCACCGAUUGCCGUGAUUUGACCUCGUUACAAGCGGUUUGUUUCAUGGUCCUGUUCUUACAAUCCUCCGCCAAACUAAGUACGUGCUAUUCGUAUGUGGGGAUAGCGCUCCGGUCGGCUCUGCGCUUGGGCCUGCAUCGCUCUGUAGCCGCCGACUUCAACCCCAUCGAGCGAGAGUUGCGGAAACGCAUUUUCUGGGUCGUACGGAAGAUGGACGUCUACGUGAGCACCCUGCUGGGGCUGCCCCAGAUGUUGAGCGAUGACGACAUCGAUCAGGAGUACCCUGUGGAUGUUGAUGGGCAGUUUAUCACCAAGGAUGGUAUUUUGCCUAUGCCGUCGGAUUAUACGCCCUUGAUGGCAGGGGCCAACGCCCACACUCGGCUGUCCAAUAUCAUUCUUAAGGUGGUAAAGUACAUAUAUCCGGUGAAGAAUGCUCUGCAUCCGUCCAAGUCGGAUAUGCGCUACAUGGUGAGUCAUUCCAAGAUUCGCGAAAUCGAGCGCGACUUGCAGACCUGGAUGGAGGAACUGCCUGCGGCUCUCCGUCCAGGAACGGAGGUAUCUCCCCAGUUAGAACGUAUCCGACAACUGUUGCGCAUCAGCUAUGCUCACGUGCAAGUUGUCAUGUAUCGUCCCUUCUUGCAUUAUGUGUCUAGCGGGUCACAAGCUCGAGGUGUGGACCGACGGUCAUACGCUUGCGCCGCUGCAUGCGUGAGCGUCUCACGAAAUAUUGUCCAUAUUACGACUGGCAUGCACAAGCGAGGGUUGCUCAAUGGGUCCUUCUGGUUUACCAUGUACACGACCUAUUUCGCCAUCUUGUCGUUGAUCUUCUUUGUGCUCGAGAAUCCCGACUCGCCGACGGCUAAGGACGGUGUUUUGAAAGACGCCAUGGAGGGCAAGAACACUCUGGCCGGACUGGCGAAGAAGAGUUUGGCGGCAGACCGCUGCUCGCAGAGUCUUAAUUCUCUAUUCAAGAACCUCCCUGAGCUCUUGAAAAACCGCCAGAGCUCGGUGAAGCCUGUCAAUCUCAAGCGUCCAGCGCCGGCUGCUGUCUCUCGGCCUGCUGCAAAUGUGAAGAGUCAGCAAUCUGCGCCCGAGAUAGCGCCUCCGCAGAGAGCUAGUACGUUCCCGCUGCAGCUACUGAGCCGACAGUCCAAGGCCGAGGCGAGCAAUACACCGAAGAGCUUGGACGAUAGCCAUAAUUUUGGCAGUGGUAAGAUGUAUCAGAGCCAAGUCAAUACCCAAGUCAGUACCCCAACUUGGGUUCCGUCAACCCCGGAACCCCCUACCGACACCACCACGACGACGCCCGAAUCCCUUAUUGCCGAUCAAGCUCGCGUAACGACUACGGCAUCUCCAAUGCCGGGGAUGCAUUCGCGAGAGCCCUCGUCGGGGCAAUUCUCAGCACAGCAGUUGGCCAAUACCGGAAAUUUGCCGGACCUCAUGCCUAUCAUGUUCCCUUCCGACGAUCCCUUUGCUUAUCCCACUCAACCAAUGUCCACAUUGGAAGAUGACCAUUUCCGCGUCGACGGACUGGGCCUACAGUCAGCGAACCAGUUCGCAUUCGACCCGUCAUCGCAGGGGUUACCGUCGUCGACCUCGAAUGAUUCAGCAAUGGGCGCGGUGUCCACUCCGACGUUUGACAACUUUGGCACUUUCCCGCUUUUCAAUAAUGGAACUUCAGCCGGCAUCAAUGCCACACUCCCGCAUCGUGUCGCACCGCAGAAGCAGCAGGCCAUGAGCCAAGCGCGGCUUCAGUCACCCGUGUCGCAUAGCUCGACUCCCGGCAGCGGCACUGAGGCGGUCAACAGUCCCGACCUGGUGUCGAUCCCCAACCAGAACUUCAUGUGGCAAGGGUACAACUUCCAGCCACAGGCAAUUCCCCCGGAUUCGUCAGGGCCGCAGCAGGUACCGACGACAACUGAAUCGCAGGGAUUUAGCAUGGGAAUGAACGAGAAUAAUGAAAUGGGAGCGGGCAUUGACAUGGGUUUUCUCCCUCUGGACGAUAUCUUCGGCGAUCCAUGCCGACCAAACACACUCGCCAACGACGACUGGAUUCAGUGGAUGAAUGUGGGAAGUUGA